AUGUCGGCAGUACGAGACUCCGCCUUUGGUGGGAUCAUCCGCCUCAUCACCCGCAACAAGUAUUUUCUGUACCCAGAGGAGAGACCCGACUUUCAGUUGCCAGAACCAUGGGUACAGCUGAUGAACAACGAGGAGCCAAGCCAACCGGCUACCUUCGACAGCGUGCCAACCUCCUCCUCAGAGUCGUCAGUAUCUGACGACGAGGAGAAGCAAGCAGAACAGAGGGAAGGAGAUGCCCAGCCCUACCAGAAACCUGGCGAGAGGUCAAGCCUGGGCCUCCAGCGGACCAAGAGCCGCGAGGAGACUACGCCCUAUACCGCGGACCGGCUCGAGGCGGACGAGAGGCACGAGCUCGAGAAGACCAGGUCCAUACCCAUAGUGCCGCGCAAGACUAAGGACGGUGCUAUUCUCGUCGACUGGUACUACUCGGAUGAUCCCGAGAACCCCCAGAACUGGCCCAACGCGCGCCGUGCCGCCGUGACCACCAUUAUAUGUCUUUAUACUUUCGUUGUGUACAUGUCGUCAGCCAUCUACACCACGUCCGAAGAAGGGAUCAAGGAGGAGUUCGGAGUGGGCCAGACCGAGGCCGCUCUGGGGCUCUCGCUGUUCGUGCUCGGUUACGGCACCGGGCCCCUGAUCUUCAGCCCGCUCUCUGAGCUCCCGGCGAUCGGCCGCAACCCAGUCUAUAUUGUCACCAUGUUCCUGUACACCAUCAUCUCCAUCCCGACCGCCCUGGUCCAGAACUACCCGGGCCUGAUGGUCCUCCGUUUUCUGCAGGGCUUCUUCGGGUCCCCGUGCUUGGCCUCGGGUGGCGCUUCUGUGGGGGACAUGUACUCGCUUCUGUCGCUGCCAUACGCCAUGAUUGCAUGGGUUAGCGCGGCGUACUGUGGCCCUGCACUGGGCCCGCUUCUCUCCGGGUACUCGGUCCCCGUCAUGGGCUGGCGGUGGUCGCUCCUCGAGGUGAUCUGGGCCGCGUCGCCGAUGUUCCUGGCCAUGUUCUUCUUCCUCCCGGAGACGAGCCAGGCCAACAUCCUGCUGCGGCGCGCGCGCCGGCUGCGGAAGCUGACGGGGAACGACCGCUUCAUGAGCCAGAGCGAGAUCGACCAGCGCAACAUGAAGACGUCGGCGGUGCUGGUCGACGCGCUCAUCAAGCCGCUCGAGAUCACCCUCAAGGACCCGGCCAUCCUGUUCGUGCAGAUCUACACGGCCAUAAUCUACGGCAUCUACUACAGCUUCUUCGAGGUGUUCCCGCUCGUCUACCCCGUAUACUACGACAUGACCGCAGGACAGAUCGGCCUGGUAUUCCUGUGCAUCCUCGUUGCCUGCAUAAUCGGCAUCGCCAUCUAUAUAAGCUACAUCUACUUUUACAUGAACCCCCGGAUCAAGGCCAAGGGGUGGCCAGUCCAGGAGAGCCGCCUCGUGCCCGCGCUCGCCGCCGCCUUCGGCCCGACCAUCGGGCUGUUCAUCUUCGCCUGGACCGCCGCGCCGCAGUUCCCCUGGAUCGCGCCCACCAUCGGCAUCACCAUCUACGGCGCGACCGUCUUCGUCGUCAUGCAGUGCAUCUUCGUCUACGUGCCCAUCUCCUACCCGCAGUAUGCCGCGAGCCUGUUCGCGGGCAACGACUUCUUCCGCAGCGCCCUGGCGUGCGGUAGCAUCCUCUUCGCGGGGCCGCUCUACGGGAACCUGGGUGUGGCGCGCGGCACCAGCCUGCUGGGUGGCUUGAGUACGAUUGGCAUCCUCGGCAUCUUUUUGCUCUACAUCUACGGUGCCAGGCUGAGGGCCAUGAGCAAGUUUGCUGUGUCAUCCUCGGACUAG